AUGAUGUUUUUCAAAGUUGUGCUCUCGUUCCUUUUCGCCGGCUCAGUGGCUGCCAUAAGCUGCAAUGGCAAUGCAGCUCUCUGCUCUCGAAAGUACUCGAACGUUACGCAGAUUGGCACGCACGACUCUGCCUUUGUUGGUAUCUUGCCCACGGACAAUCAAUACGAGUCUCUUACCUCUCAACUAAACGCCGGCAUCAGGUUCUUGCAAGCACAAACACACGUCAAGAAUGGUGCUCUGGAGAUGUGCCAUACAACGUGUGCCGAGUUGGAUUCUGGAACUCUUGUAUCUUACUUGACCACAAUCACAACUUGGAUGGCCGCCAACCCAAAUGAAGUUGUUACACUCCUCUUGACUAAUGGAGAUGGCGCAGCUGUCAGCCUCUUUGGUGCAGCUAUGACCUCUAGCGGUCUCAGCGCAUACGCGUAUACACCUCCUUCACAACUUGCCAUGGCUGACUGGCCCACUCUCCAAGAGCUUAUCAACAAAAAUACUCGACUGGUGAUGUUUCUUGAUUAUGGCGCAAAUACCGCCACUGUUCCAUAUAUCCUCAACGAGUUUGCCUAUUUCUUUGAGACAGCUUACGACGUAACCGAUUCCACGUUCUCAUCCUGCGCUCUUGAUCGACCUUCUGGAAAUUCAGGGGCCGGUCUGAUGAUGAUUGUGAACCACUUCUUGGAUUUGGAUGUUCUUGGGAUAUUAAUCCCCGACACCUUUGCUGAUUCGACAACAAAUGCUGCAACUGGGACUGGAAGCAUUGGUGCCCAAGCAGACCUUUGUAUUAGUACUUGGGGUCGUACACCAAACCUCAUUCUCGUCGAUGACUUCAACAUUGGUAAGUCGGCUUCCUUGAGACUGAUUUCGUACUGA